GUGAAGUGGCUGUCAUUGAUAAAACAUCUAUGAUACGUUUCCAUGGAUGUUCUGAGGAGAUACCAAAGAUGCGCUAUAACUGGUGAGACUUUCUGCUGGUGCGGUGAACCAUGCGCCAGCUGAACCAUGACAGCGGGAACAACACAAGCAAUCCAGUCUCAGCAACAGCAAGUUAAAUUAAUGUGUUGUAAAGUAUUUAUUGUGACGUUAGCUAGUUCAAUGUAAAAUUAAUCCAGGUCAUCUCUUUUUUUUUUUUUUUGGGUGAAAUUCCCGCCAUACAAUAUGGGAUGUGGAUGCAUGUAAGCCACCAUUAUUACGAGUCUAGAGUCAAAAGGGUGAUUCGUAAUACAAAGACGGACACACGUGUACACAGUCUCCUCCUGGACUGACCCAACAGCAUUUUGACAUGAUGAAUACCAUUGGAGCUAGAGUAAUCCUUCUCAACCUGAGGUACACCUUCCAGAAAGCAGGCUCCUUUACCAGAACCAGACUCAUCCAGAGCUCCAGGGAAUGUUUCGUUAAAAGAGGGCAGAUCUUAUCCCAGAUACCCAAGGUGACGUUGCUAUGUUGGGGCGCAGUCAAUGCAUCAUCCUGUGCAGCCAGAUGCCAGGAAGCAACUCUUCCACAUCCAACCGCAGGCAGAAAGUCCCUUGCCAAAGUCCAAGUGCACAAAGUUUUAUUUUGUCUCCGCCUCAGCCUUCGUGCAUUGGUGCUGCUACUCAAAUUUGGCCCCCUGCUCCUCUUCUUCCCCUUGACUUUGGUGUCCACUCGCUGGGCGUCUUGCUGGCUGAGUGCUCUGCUGUGGGUGACUGAAUCAUCUGGUCCCACUUUCAUCAAGCUGGGGCAGUGGGCCAGCACCAGGCGGGACGUCUUCCCUCAGGAGUUUUGUGAGCGCUUCUCCGCGCUUCACGUAAAGGUUCGCCCGCACUCCUGGACCCACACCAAGCAGUGUCUCCGGAGGGCUUUCGGGGAGGACUGGAGGAGAGUUUUGAGGUUUGAGAGCAAAGAGCCCGUGGGUUCAGGAUGUGUGGCACAGGUGUACAGAGGCUGGGCGAGGGCGGACCAGGUGGAGGACCCUGCCUUCCAGUCGCUGGUGGAAGAGAUGGAGAAAGAAGACCUGCUGGAAGCCUGGGAGAUCCCUGGCCUGGGUGGAGUAGCCAGGUCCCUGCGCCAGCUCUGGAGGCGGAGUAAGGAGGAGGACGGCUUUGAGGAGAGAGGUCACUUAGAGGAGAGCGGCACAGAGAAGGGGCAUCUGAUACCUGUGGCUAUCAAGGUGAUACAUCCAGGCGUCAGGAGGCAGGUGGAAAUGGACAUACUGCUGAUGAAAGCUGGCAGUUGGCUCCUGCACUGCCUGCCUGGACUCAAGUGGCUCAGUCUGUGUGAGAUAGUAGGGGAGUUUGAGAAGCUCAUGACAAAACAGAUUGAUCUGCGCUUUGAGGCCAAGAACAUCGAGCGUUUCCAGGAAAACUUCCGCAAUGUGGAUUAUGUCAAGUUCCCAACGACGUUACGACCAUUUGUCACCAGAUCUAUUUUAGUGGAAACGUUUGAAGAGAGCGAGCCCAUUUCAAACUACCUGAGCUCCGACGUUCCUCUGGACGUGAAACAGAGAAUAGCCAGAAUGGGAAUAGAGACCAUGCUGAAGAUGGUUUUUGUGGACAACUUUGUCCACGGGGAUCUCCAUCCCGGGAACAUUCUGGUCCACCGCUGCAGACCUCCUGGUUCCACUGACAGCGCUGGUGUCUCAGGGGAGGCUCAUGGGAAGACCACCCUCACUGACUUGUGGGACACAGUGGUGGUCAGCGUCAGACCAGACCCGUGUCCUUACCAGCUGGUGCUGCUGGACGCCGGCAUCGUAGCCCAGCUCAACGAGCGCGAUCUCGCCAACCUCAAGGCCGUCUUCACGGCUGUGGUGCUGCAACAGGGUGAGCGAGUGGCAGAGCUGCUCCUGAAUCACGCUCGGGCCAAUGAGUGCCAAGACGUGCCGCAGUUUAAGAAGGAGAUGGCCCACCUGGUGGACAACGCCCUCAGUAAAACCCUCUCUCUGGGAAAGUUCCAAGUGGGUGACCUGCUGUCCAGAGUAUUUGGUCUACUCAUCAAACACAAGGUGAAGCUGGAGAGUAAUUUUGCCUCCGUUGUGUUUGCCAUCAUGGUGCUGGAGGGUCUCGGCAGGACGCUCGAUCCAAAUUUGGACAUCCUGGAUUUAGUCAAACCUCUGCUGCUAAAGAACUGUGCCGCAAUGCUCUGACACACACACACACACACACACACGGAUCUUAAGCACAAUGGAUCACACACACACACACCGGGCAUCUGGAACAACACGCGUGCACUAAGCUCUAUAUACUGUAUACAUGUAGUACAGCGGUAGAUAAGGUGCAUGUGUAUGCUGUAUCCUCCUAAUUCUAUGCUGAUGGGUUGUUUUACAAGAUGCCACUGUCUCAUCACUACAUUUUUAGCAGUGUCCUAAAUACCUCAUUACGUUUUUAAUUUCUCAUAGUUCCACUUUUAUCCCUGCUCCUCUUGAAUUUUAACAUCCCCCCCCCCCCCCCUCCCGUCUGGUUUUAAGUACAAACAUUUCACCCACAGGAAAAUAAAUCUUCCAGGUACCUCUAACUGAGCCUAAUGAACGAGACUGUUUACAUGAGACACAGAUUGUGUAAGAGACCAUUUGGAGUGAUUUAAGAUGUAAAAGAGAAUCCUGCGACUAUCCAAAGCAUGUUUUACUCUUCAACGACUAAUAUUGAUCUCAUGUCUUUCAUUGCAUCUGAAAUAAUGUUGUCUAAUGAACCUUAUUUGCUUUAAGUGUGAAUUACAAUCUUCUGUACCGUUGAGCAUGUGAAGGCUUAGGUGUGCUCACAACUGAACACUU